AUGAAGGGCCUCUACCAGGCUGCUGGCUGGACCCUGCUUACUCUAGGCCUCUUCUCAGGAGUCAUGGUCUUCUUCCCCGUCUUUUCCUGCAAGCUUUGGUACACAGGAUGGAGUGUUUGGAUCGCUUGUCCCAUCUGGAACGGGGCUUUGGCCAUCACAGCUGGGGCACUUGUACUGCUUGCUCACAGAAAGUGGACCCAGAGACACUUGUGGGAAGCUGGCUUCACCUUUGUAAUCCUGAGCAUUAUGGGAUGUCCACUUCAUUUUGCAAUAGCCUUGGAAUCUGCCCUCCUCGGUCCAUAUUGCUUCUACACCUUCUCAGGGGCUGCGGGGACCGGCUAUGUUGGCUACGCAGUGACCUUCCCUUUCCCGUACACGAAGUUUCCGUCAGUCUGUGUGGACCCCCUCCACUAUGAAGAGUAUCACCUGGCACUUCAAGCCCUGGACCUGUGCCUGAGUUUCACCCUCUUCUGUGUGUCCCUUGGAGUGUUCAUCAAGCUUUCUGCAAGACUGCUGCAGAAUGGACACAUAAAUGGUUGAAAGAAUGAACAAUAAAUAUGGAGCUGUGUUCCCC